AUGGAGGUUGGUGAGUGUUUUGUUAUCACUCUACCACAAAAUUUUGAAGAAAUGCACCACAGCAAUGUCUCGGAGGAGACAAAGGAGUUCAAGAAAGAAUCAAAACAAACCAGAAAGCGAAAACUCUCAGACCCUUCCAAAUUUGCUUUUCAUUGCCACUGCGGUAAGAAUUUCAGCAAAAUUAAAAAUCUAAAUUAUCAUAGAAGACAAGUACACAACGAAGCAGUUUCUACUUUAAAACCACCGAAAAAAAUGUGCCCUUUAUGUGAUUUCUCUUCAACUUACCACAAUGAUAUGGUAAACCAUUACAAGUCCUCACAUAAUAUUCAUAUUGUGGAAGAGAAACUCUUGUUUCUAACAGAAAAAGAAUUUUUGAAAUGGAAAACGAAUAUUGAAGCUGAAACAGUUGCCAGAUUUAGAAUAAACGAAUCCCCUAACUGGGCUUCAAAAAAGCAUAAAACCACUAAAUACAGUUGCAACAGGUCAGGCCAUUACCAAACUAAAGGACAAGGUAAAAGAUCAUUGAAAAAACGAGGUAGCAUUAAAAUAAAUGGUUAUUGUCCUGCAAGAAUUAUUAAACAAUUACAGACUGAUGGUAGUUGCACUGUACAAUUUAUUAGUGCCCACGUAGGCCAUGAAACGGAAGUUCAUUGUUUGCAUCUGUCCACAAUGGAAAGAGAGGAAAUUGCAAAAAAAAUUAACAUGAACAUCCCCUAUAGUAAAAUUCUAGAUGAAAUAAGGGACUCUUCUGAAUCAGAAUCCAAUUUACAAAGAAUUCAUUUUUUGACAAGAAAAGAUUUACACAACAUUGAGGCUUCAUAUAAAAUUCAUUCACAAUCACAACUCUUUCGAAAGCAUUGUAUUUCAGAUUUCAACCAGUGGUCCGCGGAAAUGCAAAAUGAGGGCGAUUGUGUGCUUUUUUAUAAACCUCUAGGCACUUUUCUUGAUGAUCACGAAAACCUCAAUUCAAAUGAUGUCGUUUUAAUAUUAAUGUCUGCUUCGCAGUUGGAUAUUUUUAAAAAAUAUGGAAACAAUUGUGUUUGUAUCGAAGCAACAAAAGAGGAUUUAGUUAGUAAUGAUGGUGAAAAUUUUAAAUUGCAUACAUUAUUGGUGCUGGAUGAAUUAGAAGAAGCGUUUCCGUGUGCUUUUCUCAUAUCUAAUAAACUGGAUGUUUAUGUUUUACAGUUAUUUUUUGAGCAAAUACAAUUGAAGGCAGGAAAGUUAUUUAAACCUAAAGUCUUUAUGUCUGGCUUGGAGGAGCAAUAUUUUGAUGCUUGGAUAAGUGUAAUGGAUAUCCCUGGAAAAAGGAUUUACUCUUCAUGGAUUGUUGAUCAAACCUGGCGAGAAAAUUUGAGCAAAAUUGAUUGUCAGGAUUUACAAAUUGCUACAUAUAAACAUCUAAGAGAUUUGCUAUCCAAACGAGAUGCGACAUCAUUUCAUAAAAUGUUAGACGAUUUUAUUUCCAUUGAUAAUCCGGAAUACUUAGAUUUUAUAAAUUACUUCAGAGAUAAUUUUUCUGUCAAUUUUGAAUAUUGGGCUUAUUGCUAUACAGGUCUAAAUUCAAACACAAGCUUAGAAAGAAUGUGCAAUUCUAUAAGCCAGCUUUAUCAAAAAGGAAAAAAUGGUCAGAAAUUAAAUAGAGGCAUUGAGGCUAUAAUGCGGUUUGUAAGGGAUAAGGUCAUCAAUAAACUUACUAUUAACAACAACGAGAAAAUUCGACACAAAAUUAAAACAAUUAAAUUACGCCAUAAAGCUAUGGAAAAUAUGAAUCCAACUACCCUAAUACAAUCUGAAGAUGGAUGGGAAGUAGUUGCCCAAUCAGAAAAAAAAAUAUAUCAAAUUCAAAAGCAAGAAACUUACUGUGAAGAUUGCCCUUUAAUUUGCAAACCAUGUAAUGUAUGUUUGCAUCAGUUUCAGUGUUCUUGCUUAGAUUCGGCUGUAAAAUAUAAUAUUUGCAAGCACAUACAUUUUGUGGCAAGAUUUAUUCAAAAUCCAAGUCCCAUAGAAGAAGAGAUUGUUUUUGUAGCAGAAGAUGACUCUAUAACAACGACCCAAGUAAAUGAAGAAAACAAUGAUCUUGAAAUGCAAAAAGAAGAAUUAAAGAAAUAUGUGACUGAUGUGAUAGAUAACUGUACAACUCAUGAGCAGCUAAAUGUUAUCAGAGAAGCUUUGGAUCAGAUUAACCUACAGUUGGAUUCAAUGAGUUUAAUAUAA